AUGAUAAAGAACGUGGAACUAUCUAUUUCGAAAAACUCAAAUGAACAUCCAUAUUCAAAAACUGGCCUCGGAUUAAUAUAUUAUGUUGAUCCGGCAUAUAUAAAAGAUUCAAAAUUUAAACGAAAUCAGAAGUCAGACAUAUACAGUCUUGGAGUACUCUUUUGGGUAAUUUCGAGUGGUAGAGCUCCCACCAAUAAAUUUAGUUAUCUUUCGCCACAUUCAGGUGAAAAAGAGACAACAGCAUUUGGAACGCCGAUAAAAUAUGUUAAUUUAUAUCAAAACUGUUGGAAUUCCGAGCCAGAACAUCGUCCAGACAUUUAUAAAGUUGUGGAACUACUAAAUGAUAUUGAAUGGCCAUCAAAAUAUCUUGAUACAGAUCAGCAUUCUAUUUCAAUUAGAAUUAGUACUGAUAGCCUUUCACAAUAUUCUAAUUCGAGUAAUAAUGAAAAAAUUUCAACAAAAGAUAUCAUUGAUGAGUUAUGGGAUUUAUUAAAUAAGAAUCUCAAUUCAGGCGAAACAGUCAACAAAACAAUUAAAAAGCUAGAUAUUUAUCUUAAGACGAAAACAACAAAUUAUAAGAAAAUACAAGAAAUUCUACAAACCACUUCUAGAAACUCCAAAUACCUAACGCUUUUAGGUUUUCUUUAUCAUUCAGGAAUAAUAUUUGACAUGGAUCAUGAAUUAGCAUUUAUUAAGUUUAAAGAAACAGCAAAGGAAGAUGAACCUUUGGCGCAAUUUUUAAUCGUUCAAGUUAGUUUAAUAGAUUCCAAAGCUUACCUUUGCAGUUUCAAGUCUAUUCAUGGUAUGUUAGAUUGUUAUUAUGGAUUUUAUUUGCGUUAUUCUGAGUAG